AUGGCCCAGAAGAGCCCCAUCAUUGUGCCCAAGGGGUUUAAUGCAUCUCCGAGCUCAUCCUCCUCUUCGCCCGAUGCUACUUCUUCCGCGCCUCGCUCGGGGACUACUCCUGAGAAAUCUUUGCCCUAUGAACGUCCAUCGUUUACAUUUAUCGGGCAAGAUGAAGAGUCGACUCUGAAGGGGAGGAAGGGUUCUGAUACCCGGAAGAUGAUACGUUCUCAUGUAAUGCGAGACGUCCGCCGCAGGGAAAGGAUUGCCGGUCUUAAACGAGUCUCUAAGAAGGCGUCUGCCAGGAAGAAUGACUCCUCGUCUUCGAGCGAUGGCUCAUCAACGGCUGUCAUCACGCAUCGAGUAAACGAUCGUGGAGUGCCUACAGCAGAGGCGUACUCUGGCCUAAAGGCACCGCCUUCGUGGGUCACGCUUAAAGGAUCGAAUAUAAAGGGACAGCAUAUCUACAUAUUUCACAACCCUUUAGCACACCCCAUUUAUCCAACUAUAGAACCGAUGAGCACUCUAAAAGGUUGUGAAGGCUUGGGACAUGUAGUCAGCAACUUACUGCAUUAUAGUACUGAUAAAGAAGAGUCUAUACUACCGGACCCCACAUUCUACGUCAUGAAGGCCAAAUGUAUAGCGGAGAUGAACCAGAAGCUACGGGACCCAGAUCCGCAGCAAGCGGUAGAUGAUACUGCGAUAGAUAUUGUGUGUGGGCUUAUAUCGGCAACGUUGACAUUAGCUCUAUUUGAAGAAGCCAGGGUUCACUGGUUAGGCAUGAAGAAAAUAGUCGAUUACCGUGGAGGGGUAUUAAACAUGGCAAUGCAAGGCUCCCGGGGCAUAGGCGCCGUUCUAACAUGCGACCUCAAAUCAGCCUGUACGCUAUUAAGCCGGCCUCUUUUCCCAUUAGCCUGGGAGCCUCAACCGCUUCCGUCCGAAGUUAGAGACAAAAUCACUCCUCCCCCAACAUCACAACUAAGCAACCUCGCCAACACUUUGUGCGCAAAUAAACAUCUCAGUCCCAUGCUCAAUUCUAUACUACAAGAAGUCCGAGAUGUCUUCUUCUUUGAGGUUUUCCAUCGCACCGACCCCUCAGGGCUCACCGCUGCGGAGCACGAAAUGUUCCUCAUGAAAGGCCACGAAAUAGAACAUGAACUUUUGGAUUAUCCUUAUCGUUCACCGGAAGCCAAAGGCCUUUCUGACAAGGAGAUUUUACAUUUGAACCCAAUAGAGACCGUCACCCGAUUGACGACCUUAUCCUACCUCAGCACUUGUUUUGUUGUCUCUCCACCUAAGUCCGGAACUGGUCGAGCAGUGACAAAAAAUCUGAAGGACGCUCUCGCCAGAUGUUUUUCUAAACCAAUAUCUGCCCUGCCGUCAGAAGAUCUCUCACUCCUCGCCUGGGUGACAUUUAUCAGCAUUGCCAGCGCCUACGACCCGCUCUUGAGGUCGUGGUUCGUGGAAAUUCUACAUGACAUUUCCAUAAUAAAAAACUGGCAGACUUGGGAGCAAGUUGAAUCAGUAAUGCACGGAUACCUCUACGCAGCUCCGCUACACGGACAUAUAUGGAAGAAACUAUGGUUCGAGGCCCAGUCAUUCAACGUUAUCAAGGAAAUUUUAUGA